AUGGGAAGCUCGUGUUUCCAUGCGUUUCGCCUUCGAAAAUCGAGGAGCAAACACCUGCAGCUCCCUUCGUCGUCGUCCAAGGCACAGAUGAAUUCUGAUAUGGUGAACAUGGAAAAGAGGAGAUUCGAUAGCUUGGAAUCGUGGUCGAUGAUUUUGGACUCGGAGAAUGUGGAGACGUGGGAAGUUUCAAAGGAGGACCAAGAGGAGUGGACAGCUGAUCUUUCUCAACUGUUCAUAGGUAAUAAAUUUGCAUCUGGCGCUCAUAGUAGAAUCUAUCGUGGGAUUUAUAAGCAGAGAGCUGUUGCUGUCAAAAUGGUGAGAGUCCCGAACCAAAAGGAGGAGACCAGGUCGAAACUCGAGCAGCAGUUCAAGUCUGAAGUAGCUUUGCUUUCACGCCUCUUUCACCCCAAUAUAGUUCAGUUUAUUGCUGCUUGUAAGAAGCCGCCUGUGUACUGUAUCAUCACAGAAUACAUGUCACAAGGGACUCUGAGGAUGUAUCUGAACAAGAAAGAACCCUACUCGCUUUCGACGGAGACGAUACUGAGGUUAGCUCUCGACAUAUCCCGAGGGAUGGAGUAUCUUCAUUCACAAGGUGUCAUCCACAGAGAUCUCAAAUCUAAUAAUCUGCUGCUAAACGACGAAAUGCGGGUAAAGGUGGCGGAUUUUGGUACAUCGUGUUUAGAAACACAGUGCCUUGAAACCAAAGGAAACAUGGGAACGUACCGAUGGAUGGCACCCGAAAUGAUAAAAGAGAAACCGUAUAUGAGGAAGGUCGAUGUGUACAGCUUCGGGAUUGUGUUAUGGGAGCUUACAACCUGUUUGCUUCCCUUUCAAGGAAUGACCCCUGUGCAAGCUGCUUUUGCCGUGGCUGAAAAGAACGAACGGCCUCCAUUGCCGGAGAGCUGUCAGCCAGCACUUGCACACCUCAUAAAGCGCUGCUGGGCAGGUAACCCUGCAAAGCGGCCAGAUUUCUCUGAAAUUGUUUCCAUCUUGGAUAAGUACGACGGAUGCGUAAAGGAGGGCCUUCCAUUAACUUCCCACUCGGGACUGGUCAGCCGAAAUGCCAUUCUCGAACGGUUAAAGGGAUGUGUAUCUAUGAGCUCAUCUAUACCUGUACAGGCCUGAAUCUAUCAUGUAGAAACACAUAAUUUGUACAUGCCUGAUGUUCUUUCAUCCAAGGGUGGA